AUGUACCUAUGCUAUCAGAUCCAAGGGCUUUCUUUCUUCACAUGUGGUGAAACCUAUGAGAUCAUUGUGUCGCCAACGCCCCUGGUAAAGCCUUCCAUGUUUUCCCGAUUUUCUGCAACGCCUGCAAAGGCGCGUGGCCGGGCCAAAGGCUCGGGGUCGGAGUUGGCUCGCUCCACCAACAAAACCCAUCAAGAGAGUCGUAACUCCGGAUAUGUUGCUAGCCCGGAUCACAAAGUCCUCUCCUUGGCAAAACGACAAAAGGCUGCCAGAGCCUGUGAUCGCUGUCGUAUACAUCGGACCAAGUGUGAUGAGCAGAAGCCUUGCACACAGUGCUCGAGCAUCAAGGCCGAAUGCAUUGUUUCCUAUGGCCCACCCCGCUCAACCCAGGUAGAUAACAGUAAUGGUGGCCAUGCGCGGCCGGUACCAGAGUCCGUAGCCCAUCAAACGUUUUCAUUCCCUUCGCCUACUGGCACUCCCUUCCAAUAUCAUGAUCUCAACAACGCCAGCGGCUCUACCGCACACACCAAUCAGACCAGCCCACAUGUCCCUCCCGCUAGCACAACCAGCCCACAGCAGAGUUUAUGGGCGACCAAUACCCCACCAGAGACCGUCCCAGAUGAGAUUUUCAAUGUCGCUCAUCUCCAUGGAUUCUUUGAUAGCGGGCAACCGGCGCCCUCAUCUUCGUCCGCCUCUGCUGGUUGCCUCUUCCACCAGCUUCCAUAUUCCGCGGUUCCUUCGGGGAUUUGCCUCCUUUCGUCUAACCCAUUAUUAAGGACUCAACGAAGUUAUUACCUUAGAUUGUUCUGGGACACAUGUCACCCCCUUCUCUUCAUCAUGAAUGAGAUGCAGUUUGCGGAGCUUGAUUCCUUAUCGCCACCAACGAUAUCCGACAAAUAUUCGGCAGGACACGCCCUGGUGGACUCCAUGCUCGCUCUGGGCAUACAACACAGUCAUACUACUGGCCUCGCCGGGCGCAUAUUAGGAGCCCAGCAACCCUCAACGGAAGCCGGCUGGCCUGGCUUCGAAUAUUUCGAUCGUUGCCGUGAAUGCAUGAGGGCAAACACACAGGUAACACUCGAUAUCCUACGAUGCCAUAGUUUAAUGAUAGUAUACCUGAUGAAAGGCAAUGCCUUUCGAGACUCAUACAGCCUCCUGGGCAUAACCAUACGCAAAGCGUACAUUGCAAAGCUCAGUCGACCACCCCCAAGCCAUUUACCGGAAUGUGAAAAGACUGCGCACAUGCAGCUGUGGUGGAUGCUUUUUUGUCUUGACCUCCAGUGCUCAUUGCAGCUUGACAUGCCGACCGCCAGUCAGGAGAGUUUGGUAAAAUGCCCACUCCCCACUGAGGAUGCUCUCAAUCGUUACAUUUCCUGCCCCGGCCAUCUGGAGGAGAGCGUGAGCCCUUACAUAUACACCACUUGCUUGAUGAACCUCGCCCUCAUCGUAGCCGACAUUGCCGCGUGCUUUUUGGCUGCAGACUUGGAUGAAGACGACACAGGUAGUCCAGCCGCUUUGGAACAACACGCCCUGAAACUUUCCUCCACUCUUCAAAGGCUUGAGAUCUGGCACGAUCACCUACCCUCAGAAGUGCGACUAGCACAAGGAGGGAGGGGGUUCGUUGACCCCGAAGUUCUUGACUUUGUUCCCGAUCCUUCACUACCGGUCUGGCUCCAGAGGCAAAGAGUGCUCUUAGAGCUCCACUAUCACAACACGUAUAAUCUCAUCCAGCGCCCGUUCAUAUGUAUUCGCUACACGCACUCCAGCGUUCCGAAUGGUGUGGCGACCCCGCUUGACACCCGACAACCACAGACCGAACUACAUAUGAGUAGUGCUUUACAUCACUCAAUCAUGGUUGUCGAUAAAGUGUUUACCAUAUGCUCCACCUCUGAACUCCUAUACGGGUGGUCAGAGGUCUUACAGCCACUUUGGAACGCGACCUUGACAAUUAUGGCUUAUGUGUAUGCAAAGACACUGAGCUUCGAGGUGCCGCGUGCUCUUGAAUCUCUCAAGCGUGCUCAGGCUGUUAUCGAAUCCUUCUCUUCCACCUCCCUCAGUGCUCGCUCUGUAAAGAACGUCAUAAAUUCACUUGUCAGUAGCCUGCAGAGCAUGUCGGCUCAAGGGCCAGCUACGGCCCCUAAUGAAGAUGUGAUGGGCUGGGAUAUUUUCACAUCCCUGCUUGAGAGGCAAUCGUGCCCAUCCGCCCUGGACACAACUCUCCAUCCUACGAUAUCCACCGUGGAAUGUUCUUCCCACCCUUAG